CAAAGAGGAAUUCUCCGCCCGCGAGGAUUGCCCCAAAUUCCGCUUCAUCUGAGCCGGAAUGUCUGUAUUUUCCCGGACACGCUCCUCCUCAGCUGUCACUCGGGCUGAGCCUGUGUACGGAUUGCUCUGUUUGGGGAUUGAGGGCGGUCCGAAGGCUAAAGUGAAAAGCAGGAAGCGGGGGAAAUUUACCAGAGGCUGUGGAACAAAUGGAGGGUAAGAACUGGAAACAUCAAGGCUAAGUUAUUUAUCUGUACACACCAGUAGAAAGCCCGGUUAAAUGCAAUGUUCAUCAGAUCACGACUGCUCUGAUCUAAGGCAGGCUGAACCUGCUCAACUUGUCCUCGUAAGACAAACUCUUCAUCCCAGGACUCAGGCCACUGAGCCUUCUCUGAAUUGCUUCCAAUGCAAGAUUAUCUGCCCUUAAGUAAGGAGACGAAAACUGUACACAGUACUCCAGGCCAUUUACAUUUCAGCAGGCGUGCAGCCAAUUCUGGUGUGUGCCCAGCAGAUGAAAUUUGCGGGACUUCGCAAUGGCAUUGGGACAUUCGUUCGACAUCAUCAUGCGUCAUUUUACGUGUCAGCGUGUCUGAAGCCAGUUUUGGUCAUGUGGCCACAUGAUUAAUCCUUCCAUUGUCCACAUAAAUGAUUUGAAGUUAGAAGCCGUUGCUGCACAAUGGGGAAAAAGCUGCAAAGAUGCACUAAAAAAUGACAGAUUAUUUUUUACAAAUGAGGGAGGUCUCUACGAAAUCUUGUUAAAUCAUAUUGUUAUUUAUUUGGCUAAAACAGACCCCCCUGUUCUGAACAAUAGAGAAUAUGACAUGUUACAUGGGAAAAGUAAAAUGGGAAAGCACAAUCGCUCGGCCACACUCCUCCAAUUUUUGUCACAAAAAGGUGAAGAAAGCUGUGGUCAUUUCUACACAGCAUUAAAAAUGUAUGAUUCAUAUGUGUACCAGCAGCUUCCAAGCCAAAGAAAGACAGGUAAUGAGCUUCAUUAUGUCACUAAGCGAAGUGCAGCAGAAAUUGAAAAAUUUCCUCACCCUGUGCAAAGAGAAGACAUCUACAUAAAAAAAUUAAAAGCUGAUCAUUUACAUUUUACAAAUGAUGGGUGCUUCAGUGAGGAAAACUUGCUUCAAGUGAUAAAUGAACUUCGAAAUCACAAACCACCAGUACUUAAUAGAACCGAGGCUGACAAGUUUUUAAAUGAUGCUCAUGACUUGCACCUUCGGGUUACAGACAUGCUAAAUGGUUUAGUGAAUAAGGGAGAAGAAGCUUGUAGCUUCUUCUAUGCCGUCUACAAGAAACUGAAUCCGCUGGGAUACAUGGAAUUACCAAGCACUAAAAAAGAGCUUCAGAACUAGAAGUCUAAUUUCUCCAAAAGGACCCCGUUUUGCAUUGAGUUAUAAUUGUGUUCAUUGCAGUAUUAUGUUCCCUUUACUGAUCACUGUAGAUUACCAUUGAAGACCUGUGCAUGAUACCUCAAAUAAUUUUAUGCAUUUUACCAACUUUCUCUUACUUGACAAUUUCUUUCUGCCUCAUUACAAUUAAAAUGACUAUGUUAAAGUCUCAUUUCUAAAUCAUGAACAGAAGCAGCUGAUUUAUGUUCUGAGUGUAAAAAAUCUCCAGAUCUUUCCCAAAUGUCAUCUUAUCUGUCCCACCAGCUUCACUAAUUGCACAAAUCUGUUAUUUGAACCUUAUUUAUCUGAUGGAUGAGUAACAUUCUGUACAUAAAAAGCCUUUGCUUGAAUAGUUGUGAUUGAAAUUUGAGUAAAUUGCUGGUAUUAUUCAUUCAUGGGACAUGGGUGUCACUGGCUAGGCCAGCAUUUAUUGCCCAUCCCUAAUUGCCCUUGUUCGGUGGGCAGUUAAGAGUCAACCAUAUUGCUGGAGUCACACGUCAUCCAGACCAGGUAAGGGUGGCAGAUUUCCUUCCCAUUAGUGAAUCAGAUGGGUUUUUACAAUAAUCGACAAUUAGUAACAUGGUCAUCAUCAGACUUUUAAUUCCAGAUUUUUAUUGAAUUCAAAUUUCACCAUCUGAAGUGGCGGGAUUCGAACCCGGGUCCCCGGGGCGUUACCCUGGGUGUUACCCUGGGUCUCUGGAAUACCAGUCCAGUGACAAUACCGCCUCCCCCAGGAAGCAGAAAUAUUAGCCCAUCAAGCCUUCCUGCUUAAAUCCAGGAAAUGUCUCUAAAGGUUCUGGCGGAGUUUUAUGGCCCCAUCACGUUGGGGGUGGGGCUGUAAAAUGUGAUGAGCUGCUCAAAAGCCCAUUGAUUUCAGUGGGACCGGAAAGCCUGCUGGCGGGAGGGGCCGGAAAAUUCCGCCCUCUGUUGCUAAGGCUUAGUGACAGUAAAUCUUAUCUAAACACAGUGAAAGGAUCAUCUUCACCGCUGUUGGUUUGCAGAACAGACCCAGUGACGUGGUGUUGCUACUGAAUUGUUCCCCCCAUCACAAUUUGAUUCAAUACCUGUAAACUCUGAGUAAAGGUUGGAAAAGUUGCCAACAGGUGGAUUUGCUUCAUUCAUACUUUGUUAGAGUUUCCAAAGGGUAACUUGACAUUUUAGUUAAAUAAAAACGGAGAAUGCUGGAAAAACUCAGCCGGUCUUGCAGCAUCUGUGAAGAAAGAGCUGCUUGAGCUUUUCCAGCAUUUUCUGCUUUUAAUUUCAGGUUUCCAGUAUCCGCAGUAUUUUGCUUUUAUCUAUUGACCUUUUGGUUUCUCAAUAACAAAAUCUCUGUAUGAUCAGGAAACCUGAGACCUGUGUCUUUGACCCCAUCCAAAUUCCUGGCAUCGGCAUCGUUAAUGUGUUUUUGGUAGGUACAUGCCUUAUUUCAGCACAUUGGGGAAAGAUAGCUGCGACAUCUCGCUGCAGUAAAAGUUGGGAACUGGGACGUGCAAGACUUCUUUUUAAAAGGAAAACUUGGGCACAUCUGAUUUUGAAUUUUCCCAGUGCUCCAUGACUAUUUUACCAUGGGGGAAAAACAGAUGUUGAAAUGCCAGCAGGUCCGACUUUGGCCACAAUCACUUGCUGACACACUGUGGUAGGCCUGCUUCAUGCAGCUGCGUAAGGUAUUGAGGGCAAUGCCGAUUGGGCUGGUGGGACUUUUAACACAUUUGGGGGUCAGAUUCUUCUCGGGAAGUAAUGCAAAACAGGCGCCAGUGAUUGGGUAGCGUGUUUUACACUCCACUCAAUUUUCUUUUGAGGGCAAUCCAAGAAUAAUUUCAUCUCCAUGAAGUCACCCACCAGCUGCACCACUUUUCUUGGUGUUUACACAGAAGUGUUUGGCUGCAAGAAGCGCCCAUCCCCACUUCCAGUGGAAUUUUGGGCCUCAAAUUCCUGACAUUUGAUCAAGUUGUGAGAUAAUUUUAACCCUGGAGUGGAGCAAAUUCAGGACGCAGGUGUUUAGUUUAAUGUGGGUGACAGAUUCACUGUUUGGAAUCAAGCCAAACAAUACAAAAUGUCGACGAGGUAACUGGAAUUAAUUCGAUAGCUGUUCUGUUCUGGGUUCAACCCUAUUGGCACAUUUGUAUCAAAAGACGAUUAAACCCUUACCAUCCAGGCUGCAGAAAGUUUCAAACCCCUUAGCUUUUGUGUCAGCUCAUAUACUGCACUCUACGAAAUGCUUUUUAUGCAGUUUUGAGAGAUACGGUUGAGAACACAGAAGUUAUAAUGAAUUUUGGAUUUUUAGCAGUUAUUGUCAUUUUGUUCAAUGGGAACCGGAGUCAUCGGUGGUCUUUGUAUUUUAUGUUUUACCAUGAUGCAGUUUACAUUUAAUAUUUAACAAGCUAUUAGUAACCAUGUAAGCCCAUAUCACAGUUCCUCAUUUCAAUCCCUCUUCAGGUUGUAUUUACUCUUUUUGAGUUUGAAUUAUUUUUUUCUGUGAUCAUGCUGAAAACAUGCCAUGCAGUAUUCAGUCACCUGCCAGUGAAAGAAAGCUGUAUUUUCUUUUUCAAAGCUCAAAUUAUAAGCAGAAUUCCUUAAACUUUGGCUGCCAUUUUAGACACUUGCAUCUGCUUUUGUGUUUGGAUACUGUGAUGUAGAAUAAAGAUUAAAUAUCGAUGA